AUGGGUUCCUCUGAUCGUUUGUUCAACCGGCAAAGAACUCUCCAUGAGAUCCUUGGUGGUGGUCAAGUUGCAGAUUUAAUACUGUGGCGACGGAAGAACCUAACGAUGGGGAUAUUGUUGGUCACGCUAGCUGUUUGGGUUGUGUUUGAAAGAUCUGGUUAUACACUUCUGUCUCUUGUUUCCAAUGUUUUCCUCCUCCUCAUUGUCAUUCUUUUCCUUUGGGCCAAGUCAGCUGCGAUUCUCAACAGACCUGCUCCACCUCUACCACAGUUGCAUCUGUCAGAGGAAAUGGCAAACGAAGUGACAACUUUUAUCCGCACAAGAGUUAAUGAUACGUUAUCAGUUUCUCAAGAUAUUGCCCUUGGUAAAGACUCAAGGCUAUUCCUGAAAGUAGCUGCAUACCUCUGGCUAAUUUCUAUUAUUGGUGGCUUGACUGAUUUCCUUACUCUGGCAUACACCAGUCUUUUUAUUGUUCUUACAGUACCAGCAAUCUAUGAAAGAUAUGAAGAAUACAUAGACAUGUACAUUUUGAAGGUUUACAGAAAACUGUGCUUUUUACAUGUGAAAAUCAAUGAGAAAUAUGUCAGCAGAGUCCAUAACUGGAUUCUGGAGAAGAAAAAGCUGAGUUGA